AUGGCGUCUGCUGAUCUGAGAGAGGAGCUAACCUGCUCUAUCUGCCUGAGCAUUUAUACAGAUCCUGUAAAUCUCAGCUGUGGCCAUAACUUCUGCCUGGGCUGUAUUGAGAGUGUGCUGGGUACCCAGGAGGGGUCUGGGGUCUAUACCUGUCCUGAGUGCAGAGAAACUUUUAAUACAAAACCUAAACUGCAGAGGAACAUUACACUGUGUAACAUAGUGAGAAAUCUACAUCCUACUCAGCUGAAGAAAAGAGAGACUGGGAUCUUCUGCACUUACUGUAUUCACUCUCCUGUACCUGCUGCUAAAUCCUGUCUGCAUUGUGAGGCUUCUCUGUGUGAUGCCCACCUGAGGGUACACAGCAAGUCUGAGGAACACGUCUUAACUGAACCCACCACUUCCUGGGGUAACAGAAGAUGCUCCAAACACAAGGAGCUGAUAAAAUAUUUUUGCACUGAGGAUGCUGCCUGUAUCUGUGCGUCCUGCUCACUGGUCGGAAAGCACAGGGGGCACCAGGUGGAGCUGCUGAAAGAGGCUUCUGAGAAGAAGAAAAAGAAACUGAGAAAUGUUCUGCAGAAACUGACCAAAAAGAGAGAGAAGACUGAGAAAAGAGUCCAGAGUCUGCGGAAGAGCAGGAGAUGGGUGCAAGAGAAAGCAGCUGGUGUAAAAGAGAGACUCACUGCCCUGAUUAGGGACAUCAGGAAACAACAACAAUACCUAGAGAAGCAACUCCUGAGUAACAUCACCCGGCAGCAAGUUUUACUUCGAAUCUCCGAUCUGAUCCAACAGCUGGAAAAAGAGAAGGACGAGCUGACCAGGAAGAUUUGUCACAUUGAGAAGCUGUGCAACAUGACUGACCCAUUAACUGUCCUACAAGAAAAGGAAUCACACAGAAGAGACUUUCACUUUCAUUUCUUGGCGCUGGAUACAAACAUGGCGUCUGCUGAUCUGAGAGAGGAGCUAACCUGUUCUAUCUGCCUGAGCAUUUAUACUGAUCCUGUAACUCUCAGCUGUGGCCAUAACUUCUGCCUGGGAUGUAUUGAGAGUGUGCUGGGUACCCAGGAGGGGUCUGGGGUCUAUACCUGUCCUGAGUGCAGAAAGAGUUUUAGUAACAGACCUGAGCUGCAGAGGAACAUAACGCUGUGUAACAUAGUGAAUCAUUUACAUCCUAAUCAGCCAGAGCAAAUAAACAAUGCAAUCUUCUGCACUUACUGUGUUCACUCUUCUGUACCUGCUGCUAAAUCCUGUCUCCUGUGUGAGGCUUCUCUGUGUGAUACCCACCUGAGUGUGCACAGCAAGUCUGAGGAACACGACUUAACUGAACCCACCACUUCCUGGGGUAACAGAAAAUGCACCAUCCAUAAGGAGCUGCUGAAAUAUUUCUGCACUGAGGAUGCUGCCUGUAUCUGUGUGUCCUGCUCUCUGGUCGGAGAGCACAGGGGACACCAGGUGGAGCUGCUCAAUGAGGCUUUUGAGAAGAAAAAAAAGAAACUGAGAAAUGUUCUGCAGAAACUAAGCACAAAGAGAGAGGAGACUGAGAAAAGAGUCCAGAGUCUGCAGAAGCACAGGAGAGGGGUGCAAGAUAAAGCAGCAUGUGUAACAGACCAACUUACUGCUCUUAUUAGUGACAUCAAGGAAGAACUGGAAGACCUAGAGAAGCGAAUCCUGAGUGAGAUCACUUGGCAGCAGGAGCAGGUUUUACUCACAAUCUCUGAUCUGAUCCAGCAGCUGGAAAAAGAGAAGGACGAGCUGACCAGGAAGAUUUGUCACACUGAGGAGCUGUACAACAUGACUGACCCAUUAACUGUCCUACAAGAACAGGAAUCACACAGAGAUGACUUUUGUGGUGCUGAGAAUGAAGAUAUUGAGGUCACACAGAGAGGUGAUAACAGGUUCCUGCUGGGGGGGGAUUUUGAUGAGGGUCUAAUCUCAGUGACUUUAUACAGAGGUUUAGCUGAUAUUGUUACUGAUGUAAAGAGAAGGCUCUAUAUGCAGGUGACAUCAGACAUAUUACUGGAUAUAAACACAGCUGCUAUUAAUGUGACUGUAUCAGGUGACUUAAAAUCUGCAUCCUGGUCAGAUAUAGGAGAGCAGCAACCAGAGACAGCAGAGAGAUUUACAGAUUAUCCUCAGGUAUUAAGUGCCAGGAGCUUUACCUCAGGACGACAUUACUGGGAAGUAGAAACCAGUGUGUUAGGUAGCUGGAGUGUAGGGGUUUGUUAUCCCAGUAUGGAGAGGGGAGGACAUCAGUCUCUGAUAGGAGAUAAUAACAAGUCCUGGUGUUUGAGCAAGUAUUAUGAGAAUGAUAAAGAUGAUGUGGAACAUGACACAAUAAACAUCCAGUUUUCUGACCAUCUAUCAUGUGACAGGGUAGGAAUACUGCUGGACUAUGAGGCUGGGCGUCUGACCUUUUAUGAGCUGUGUGACCCAAUAAGACACUUACACACCUUCACCGCCACCUUCACUGAGCCUCUUCAUGCUGCAUUCUUAGUAUGGCGCGAUGGUGCCCGGGUGAGAAUCAUGAGCUAG